AUGUCAAAAAAGCUGUUGUUCAAGCCCAAGAAGGCCUAUCUCGAUACAGUCAAUAUUGAAUCAAUCAAAUUAAAGAAUCCCCUGAAGAAUCAAUUGCUGAUAUUGGAUCUAAAUGGCACAUUGGUAUCAAGAGUACGCAGUAACAAAUCCAUGUAUGUGCGCCCUUACAGUCAACAGUUUCUCGACUAUGUGUUUGAAAACUUCAAUGUCAUGCUCUGGUCUAGUGCACAACCUCACUCUGUUCACAACAUGAGCCGUUUGUUUGGAAAACACAAGGAAAAACUCUCAGUCAUUUGGGAUCGCACAAGCUUUGGGCUUACAAAAUCAGACUACAACCGCAAAGUGCUCACCAUCAAAGAUCUGGAUAUCGUGUGGAAGUAUUUUGACGGCAAGUACAAUGCUACCAACACCAUCUUGCUGGAUGAUUCACCAAAGAAGUCGCAAUUGCAGCCGUACAAUUGUGUCCAUCCCAGUGAAUUUGAACAUGGUUCAAAGGCAUUUCUUUCGAGCGGCGAAUCCGAGUUGCUACAUGUGUUGGAUUAUUUAAAAGUUUUACAAUUUCAGAGCAACGUGUCAAAUUACAUCCGUGAGCAUCCCUACGAUACAUUAUCCAACGACACCACGCACAACAUCUUCGAAUCCGAGUUUUACCUAUUUGCCGAUGAUUACGAUAAAACAGGCCUCAUAGUAGAUCUGCAACAGCGACAGCAAGGCGACAGCAGCAAGGAUGGAGCUAGUGUAUUGAUAACAAACAUGGCCAAUAUGAAGCUACAAUAA